CACGCCUGUUGCAGUUGUGUUGCGUUUGACACACCGCUGACAAACAUGGCAGGAAAAGCAGGCAAACAAAAUCGUCCCAGAAAGCCGGUUUCGGAUAAAGAUGAAGAGGAGCAGCCGCUGCAGGCCGUUCUGGUGGCCGACAGUUUCAACCGCAGGUUUUUCCCCAUCACUAAAGACCAGCCGCGGGCUCUCCUGCCUCUGGCUAACGUCUCCAUGAUUGACUACACACUAGAGUUUCUGACGUCCACUGGAGUGCAGGAGACUUUUGUCUUCUGCUGCUGGAUGUCCAGCAAAAUAAAGGAGCACUUACUAAAAUCAAAGUGGUGUCGUCCCACCUCUCCAAAUGUGGUUCACAUCAUCACUUCUGAUCUGUAUCGUUCUCUCGGGGACGUUUUAAGAGACGUAGAUGCCAAAUCCCUCGUCCGUUCAGACUUUCUACUGGUGUAUGGAGACGUGGUGUCCAACGUUGAUGUUUCCCAGGCUUUACAGGAGCACAGACAGCGGCGCAAAAUGGAGAAGAACGUGUCGGUGAUGACCAUGAUCUUCAAAGAGUCCUCGCCGGGCCACAAGACGCGCUGUGAAGAGGAGGACAUGAUCGUGGCCAUAGACAGCAAGAGCAAACGCAUUCUGCAUUACCAGAGAGCGCAGGCCUUGAAGAGGCUGCAGUUCCCCAUGAAUAUUUUCCACAGUGCAAGUGAUGAAUUUGAAAUUAGGUUUGAUCUUUUGGAUUGUCACAUUAGCAUCUGUUCCCCACAGGUUGCGGAGCUUUUUACUGACAACUUUGACUACCAGACCAAAAAUGACUUUGUCCGUGGGAUUCUAGUCAGUGAAGAGAUCCUGGGAAACCAGAUCCACAUGCAUGUGACCAAAGACGGAUACGGCGCUCGUGUGUCGAACCUCCUGAUGUACGACACCAUCUCCUCCGACAUGAUCCGCCGCUGGAUUUAUCCCAUUACACCCGACGCUAACUUUGCGGACCAGGAAGGCCAGAGCUGCACACACUCUCGACAUAACGUGUACCGCGAACUUGGGGUCAGUCUAGGGCACGGCAGCCAGAUGGAGGAAAACGUGCUCAUCGGCAGGAAUACAGUGAUCGGAGCAAACUGCAGCAUAUCCAAUACUGUGAUCGGCGCAAACUGUGUCAUCGGAGACAACGUGACUCUGGAAAGAGCUUAUAUCUGGAAUCGAGUCCACAUCGCCAACAAUGUGAAGGUCAAGCAGUCUGUAAUCUGUGACGGUGUCAAGGUCAAACAAGGAGUGCUGUUGAACGAACAGUGUGUGCUCGCCUACAACGUGAUGGUGGGUCCAGAUAUUGCUCUUCCAGCAGGCACAGUGGUGUCCAUGCACCAUCCAGAUGAAGAGGAUGAUGAAGACGACGAUGAGUUCUUGAGCGACGACGAUGAUGUUUCCCACAAUAAGGACAAAAUCAAACAGAAAGUGUUUAACCCAGCAGAAGUGGGCUCAGAGGGGAAAGGAUACAGAUGGAAAAGCAGUCUUGAUGACACAGAGGAAGAUGAGCUUGCUGAAUGCAUCUGGGGCUUAGCAUUGAAUCCUGACCCAGAGAGUGACAGUGAGAGUGAGGUCAGCGAGGGGUCACAUGACCCUGGAAGCCACCCGCCUUCACCCGAACUGGAUGAUGUCAAAGUGUUUCAGAAUGAGGUUCACGGUACGUUACAGAGAGGUUUAGACGAGAAUAUCGGCUGCGACAAUCUGGUCCUGGAGAUCAACUCGCUCAAGUACGCCUACAACAUUACCCUGAAGGAGGUGAUGCAGAUCUUGAUGAGGGUAGUGCUGGAGUUUCCUCUCCAUCAGCAGGGGGCGCAGAUCACCACCGCUCAGUAUUCAGCACAUCUGCUGCCUUUGUUGAAGAAGUGGGCACCGGUCUUCAAGAACUACGUGAAAAGAUCUCAAGACCAAAUGGACUGCCUGACGUCCAUGGAGGAGGUGUUCCUUGAGCAGGACACUCACUGGGCGGCUCUAGUCAAAGUGUUGAUGAACAUGUAUCAGCUGGAGAUUUUGGAAGAGGACGUGAUCAUGCGCUGGUUCACUCAGAGCUCCAGCACAGACAAGAGCCAGAAGCUGCGCACUAAUCAGGGGCUCCUGAAGUUCAUUCAGUGGCUGGAGGAGGCUGAGGAGUCGUCAGAUGAAGAUGAAUGAACAUAAGAACCAUCAUGAGUGAGAUUCAAAACACUUCAGACGGUCAAUGAUACACUUUAAAACCUGGAAAAAACAAUAGGGUGGCGUGUUUUGCUUGAUGUUUGAUGGCCAAUAAAGACAUGUAAAUGUAUACAGACGCACAGGAGAUGUGAAAACUGAUAUUUAUUCAUCGUUCAAGUUACUUAAAGCAAAGAUAAAAAUCAUUUAAACAAUUCAUGACGUCACAGCUUUCAUUAAAUCUCGUUUAUGUUGAUUUCACAGAGAUGAAUAUGGUAAAUUUCCAAAAAAUUGAACAACAAAA